AUGGCUCAAACCGGCGAUACAAGUCAAAUGUCGGUAGAUACUACGGAUGUUUUUACAACUAACAAAAAAAUUUAUACACGAGAAGCUGUUGUCACAUGGGCUCAAGAUGUUGGAAUUGUCAACAAAGUCAGUAUUAUUAUUAGGUCAGAUAAAAAGAAUGGAAAAAGAGGAAGAAAUGACAAGUUGAUUUUGGGCUGUGAUAAAGGUGGACAAUAUGACUCUUCAGAAAGUUCAACGACAACAACAUCAAAAAAGUGUCAUCCUCGUAAGGCGCGUUUAACCGCAGAUGAAAACAAAUGUGUUGAAGAUCUGACAAAACGUCAUGUAGCACCAAGACACAUCGUUUUAUCUUCGAAAGAACAAAAUCCAGAGUCUCUUACUGAUGUCACCCAAAUAUAUAGGAAAAGAAGCAUGCUACAAAAAGAGGAAAGAUGUUCUAGAACAGAGAUGCAACAAUUGCUGCAGUUGUUAGAUGAUGCAAAAUAUGUCAGCUGGAAUAGAAGAAAAGAUGAUAACUCCGAUGUUUUGAGUGAUAUUUUUUGGGCACAUCCAGAUUCAUUCAAGUUGUUGAACUUGUUUCCCAUUGUUUUGGUUAUGGACAACAUGUACAAAAUCAGUUAG